AUGCCCAUCUCAGUGACUUUCGUGUUAGGCAAGAAGGAAAGCUACUUCUUCAACACGCCGAAACAUUGGGCUUGGCACAACCUACCCUCAGACAUCGAGGCUCUUUUCACGCAAACCCCGGCAAUCCAAGACGUUAUCGAACUCGCACUUGGCAACAACGGAACAUAUUUCGUAUCGUACAGAGAUCACGGCGGCAAAAUACUCUGCAAGCACUACAAUCUGCCCAAUGCAUUGACCUCUUGGCUGUACUGCUCGAACGCUGGCAUAAUUCGAGACCUGUCCUCUCUCAGCAUCACUCUUGGACCCUACGAUUCAUAUUAUGCUUGGGAUAGUUCGUCUGCCUCCUGGUCCAACUUACCUCCCAAACUUGAGAAAUCCAUAUUGAAUCGCUUGGAAACUCAGGAUGUGUUGCAAACGACCUGGAAAGCAAAUGGAGCCGAAGCGCCGAGCUUCUGCCUUCAUCUCUUCCCGUCCCAUCCCAACGCAUACAUCUUGAUCACAACAGGCGGCAAAGCAUUCUCCAAUCUCCCAGAGUUCACAUGGCCCGACUACAACAAAAUUGCACCAGCAUUCCCAUCGUUUACACAGACGAGGUCACCUAUUCCUCCGAUCCCGCAACCGCCCCCGAUGCGACCGCAGCUUCAAUACACACAGCAAUCAUCUCAACAGACAAUACCACAGCAACGACCCAAUUGCUGUCCCAAUAAUACUCAUAUGGGGCAGUAUAACUGCUGUCCGCAACAAACUACGCACUCUGCUCCGUACAGAAUAUCACCGGCUUUCGUAAAUGCUUUGGGGGCGCCGCUUGCGCAGACUGGGCCAUUCAAUACACCAACUUCUACUCAGUAUAAUGUCAGUGGAAGCAAUGCAAAUAUGGGCGGCCCGGUAUACAGAUAG